AUGGCAAUCUAUCGUAACCCUCGCACAGGGGCUAUUGUCUCUGCAGUGUCUCUCCUCCUUCUGUCUUCUGCAGCAAUCGCAACAAUCAAUAAUGUUGAUUUUCUUGUGUACAUUCGAAACUAUAAAGGUGCUAAUUUGCCUGAUUAUUUGAGGUCUUUUCAGAACCUCAUUGAAUCCACACAAGAUACUUCAGCCUGGCUUAUUACGUGGAGUAUUGUGAUCAUUGUUGGUGUGACAGUUUCAAUUGUACUUGCUCUCAGCAGCAUAGAGUCAAUUAUUGUUGGAAUUAUUGUGCGUCAUAUUAAUGUCAGUUGGAAGCUGUUUGUAAUGUUCAUCUCCCUCUUGCAGGAAAUUGUUUUUAGCACAGUUGCUAUUCUUGGUUACAUUGCAACUUGCAUUGUGUGUGCUGUUAAUGCUGCUGCGUGGGGAGAGCCUCCAGCACUGUGUGCUACAACAAGUGAUUAUACCACCGAUGACGAUGGUUCUUGUGGCACAAUUUAUAUUGGACUAACUGUCAUCACAGCAUUACAAGCUGUGUUAUGCUUUGCUCAACUGGCAAAAUUUGGUCUCAUUAUUUCGCUAACCAUCAAGAAGAUAAAGCUGCAAUUGUCUGAGACACCGGAGCCAUCUGAAGUGGAAGACACACAAAAUAACAUACAAGCUACUAGUACUAAUGCCUAUAUUGUUGGAAAAGUUGUUGUGGUGUAA